UGUGUUAGAGUUAUCAGAAUUCGUCAGCAGAUGUGCCGAAGAGAUGAGGACGGAACCCCAGGCAAAAUGGUAUUUGACUAUGGCGCAGCAACGCAACCGCCAUGCGCCCUCGAUCGGCCAAUUCUUAUUGCUCUUAUAAGCGUUAUGAGGGUAGUUAUGAUAACCCGGUUGUUACGACGCGCCUUCAUCCGGUCGCUUGCAACGACAAAGUCCCAUUAUAAGGAUCUCCGUAGGAUUACUAGAAUACCGCUGUGCACUCCACUGGAAGGUGGACUCGCUGUAAAAUCUCCGCAAGACCUUAACUAUGUACCGUUUGACACAAAGUUGACGGCACUCAAAUCGAAGAUACGGGUUGCUUCGGAACCUUUUUAUGGAGAGUAUUGUACAAUCGGAGUCGCCAUCGAAAGCGGGAGCCGUUACGAAGCUGGUUAUCCUCUCGGUACCUCUCAUAUUGUAGAGAAACUGGCCUUUGGGUCAACUUCACGGCAUUCUUCCAGAGACGAAAUAUAUGAAGUACUUCAGGAAAAUGGUGGCUUAAUAGACUGCCAAAGUACUAGAGACACAUUUAUCUAUGCAGCAAGUUGCCACAUAUCUGGUCUUGAUGCGGUUAUGGAAAUACUUGCAAAUGCUAUUUGGCGUGCGAACAAUACUGCGGAAGAAAUGGAAGAAGCGAAAAUGAUUGUGCAGUAUGAGAAUGACGAUAUGCCACGCAAAAUCGAGAGCACCGAACCUCUGCUUACAGAUUGGAUACAUAGGGCUAGUUUUUUUCUGCAUAGACCUGCGUUGCCAAGUAUAACAGAACAGCAUGUCAACUCGUACAUCAGUCAAUAUCAUGCACCAGAACGUCUUGUCGUUGCAGGGGUUGGUGUGGACCACAAUGAGCUUGUAGCUGCUGUUGCACGCUUCUUUGCCCCCGGGACGGCUAUAUGGGAGAAGCAUCCGGAAAUAUUGUUACCGAUGAUGCCUAAAUUAGAUUCAUCAGUAGCGCAGUACACCGGUGGAGAAGUUAGAAUGGAAAAAGACUUAUCCACACUGGCUGUUGGUACCCCGUAUCCAAAUCUAGCACAUAUCGCGCUGGGAUUCGAGGGUGUUGGUUAUAGAGAUCCUGAUUUCGUUCCGUUCUGCGUGCUGCAUAUGCUGUUGGGUGGCGGAGGAUCGUUCUCGGCUGGCGGUCCCGGGAAGGGAAUGUACACACGUCUGUACACUGAUGUUAUGAAUAGGUGUCACUGGAUCUAUGGAGCCACCGCUUUCAAUCACUCUUAUGCUGACGCUGGACUAUUUUGUGUGCAUGCUAGUAGUGAUCCAGAGCAGAUCAAUGAUGUUCUUAUUAUUAUACUCGAUCAGUUUUUCAAACUACUUAAGGGUGUAGAGAAAGCGGAACUUCAACGGCAUGUUGUCUGUUUUAGUGCCAAGAUUCAACUCAAAUCACAACUAAUGAUGAAUCUGGAGGUCAGGCCAGUGAUGUUCGAAGACCUUGCACGGCAGGUAAUUGGCCACGGUUAUAGGAGAAAGCCGGAAGAAUAUUUGGAGAAGAUUGGUGAGUUCAGCGUUAAACAUGCGCUGAAGUAUGUCUUUAUUUUGCACUAUAAGAAUCUUCUAUGUUGUUUUGAACUUGUAUCAUCAGAAAUAAAUAAAGUUACAGCUGAUGAUAUUGUACGGAUUGCGGAGCGAAUGUUAUCUGGACGGCCAUCAUUAGUUGGAUAUGGAGACAUAGCUAAGCUGUCGAGCUACGAAGCUCUCGACAGCGCUGUGGCUCAUCGACGUUUGCAAGAACUUUCAACGAAAAAGAAAGCAUUUGGAUGGUAG